AUGGAUGGAUCAGCAGCAUUUACUGUGGAGAACUUUAUAGAUAGCUGGAAUGGAAGCUUCCCAAAUUACCUGCUAACAACACCAGAUUUAAAAAAUCCUCAUACAGUGAUGGGAGCUCUUUUUCAAGUUUUUGAAAGACUUUCUAUUGAUAUGGAGGCUUUGAUUGCGCCACCACCAGAAGAAACUCGCAAUGAGAACACAAUUUACUACUGGGAUUUACUACCUGUUAUCAAUACGACUAGGGUUAUAAAUCAUCUAGUGUCUGUGAUGCCACAUGUAGACACUACAUACAUAACUCAUUUCUUACAACCUACAGUCUCCAUAUCUCGUUCAACAUUAAUCUUAUUAUUUAAUCUAAUGUUGUUCAAUGAAGAUAGGUUAAGAAACAUUGCUCCAUAUGAAGAGGAACUAUUUUCGAAAACUGAACAGGUUAAAACAUUGGAAAACAGAAAAAAUCAUCUACUGGAAAUGCUUAAUGAACAAGCUGAAGAAAAAGGAAAGAGGGCUGAGAGAUUAGAGAAGAUGGAAUGUGAUAUAAAGCAAUUUGAAGAAGAACUAAAACAAGAAAAGGAAGCUUAUGAUGAAGAAAAAGUAGAACUAGAAGCUAUUUUAAAAGAAAAUCAACAAACUGAGAUCAUUAUAGAACAAAAAAAAGGGCAACACGACACAUUGUUAUCCGAAAUUGAGAAAAAAAAUGCUUUAAGGGUUCAUGAUGCAGACGAUAUAAGAGCUCAGGCGGAAAAUGCUGCAAGAAAUGUCCAAGAGGCCGAAGAAAAGUUAAAUGCAUUGCGCAAUACUCUCAUGCAAAAAGAGAACAGCUUAAAGAACUUACAAACAAUCAAACCUAAUUUGGAUAUAGCUAAUAAUUUGUUACAUGAAAUUAUUAAGCAUUCUGAAGCUAUCAGAGAUUAUGAGAAUGGUGAUCUAGAUUCGGAUAGCAAAGAAGGAGAGCUGGAUGUGCUGAACACAGAAGUGAGCGAACUCGAGGCACAGUUGGCAGAGCUGAAGGCGGCGAGAGCUGAAGCCAGUGCCAAGAGGCAGGAGAGCCAUGCUAAGAGGCAGCAAGAAGAGUCACUGGCACUAAGCAAUCUUCGAGAAGCCGAAGAAAAAGAGAAGAAAGAUCGAGAAAUUUCUAUAAAAGCUGAGCAAACAAUCCAGGAAAUCAAAGAGUUGACCACAAAGUAUGAACGCGAGAAGAUUGAAGGCUAUGAAGAAUUGACCAAGUUGAAAAAUAACUUUAUCAAUAGUAUAAAACAAAUAGAAGCUUCUCUUUUGAUGAAAGUGAAAGAAUCUAAGAUGAGGAUAGAAGAUAAAUUGAAUAACCGGAGUAAAUUUAAU